GUCGAAUAAGAAUAAACCAAUAAUGUCUAAAAGGUCUUCUGCUACACUUGUCCUAGUGAUAGGCAUGUUGAUAUCAGGUGUUUGUAAUACUAUUUUAAAUAAAUUUCAAGACAUGCAAUGUGUAGAUCAUUGUGAUGAUCCCGACCCAAAGAAUAGAAAGUAUUUUGAACAGCCUAUUUGGCAAACACUUAAUAUGUUUGUUGGUGAAUUUGCUGUUUGGUCUGUUUAUGUUUAUCAAAAAUAUCAACAAAGAAAAAUGUAUAAAAAUGGAAUUUUGUCUAAUUCUGUAAUUCCACCUCCUUCUGCAGUUAAUCAAUUGGAUGCCUCUGUUAUAAUUGAUGAUGUUGAUCAACAUAAUAAACUAAUGACAGAACAACAAGAACCAUUACCUGAACUAAAAGGUUGGAAGAGUCUUUUAUUCUGGAUACCUACUCUAUGUGAUUUAACUGCAACCACAAUCAUGAAUGUAGGCUUAAUUCUAACUUCAGCUAGUGUCUAUCAAAUGUUAAGGGGAGCUGUCGUGAUAUUUACAGGCUUAUUUAGCUAUUUAUUUUUAAAUCGUCGUUUGCAUCGAUUUGAAUGGUUUUCUUUAGUGCUGGUAGUUGUAGGUGUCGGUAUGGUCGGUCUCUCUUCUAUUUUAUUUCCUCAAAAGAAACCCAGUGUCGUUGUAUCGUCAUCAUCUUCUUCAUUUGAUUACCAAUCACUUGUAGGCGUCUUUUUAGUUUUAGGAGCACAACUCUUUACUGCAUCACAAUUUGUAAUUGAAGAAAAGAUUUUAAUACGUUAUCAUGUGACGCCACUUAAGGCAGUAGGACUUGAAGGAUCAUUUGGAUUAAUUUCUAUUUUAUCAGCCAUGCCAUUCUUACAUAUUUUAUUGGGAAAACGUUAUGCUUCAUUUGAUAUAAUUCAAGGAUUUCAUGACUUCUUUGAUCAUUCACUUGUUUGGCAAACAGGGAUUGCUAUUAGUAUAUCCAUUGCCUUUUUUAAUUGGUUUGGACUUUCGAUUACAUCAGCAGUUUCUGCUACUGCCCGAAGUACCAUUGAUGCAUGCAGGACAUUAUUUAUUUGGAUGGUAUCCCUUUAUUUGGGUUGGGAACAAUUUUCAUGGAUUCAAGUAGGAGGAUUUAUUGUUAUGGUGACAGGUACGUUUUACUUUAAUGGAGUUCUUAAAUGGCCAUUUGUUCGUAAAGAAGAAGAGGAAGAGCGUAGACCCCUUUUAUCGCAAGAGUAAAGAAUCCGUCUAUUUGUAUUAAUAAUAAUAAAAAAGACAGCGUAAAAUCAAAAUCCAUGAUAAUUUCUUUUUUAAAAUAAAAAAAAAAUAAAAAUAAAAGGUGGGGCGGGGAUAUAAUUGCUUUGAAAUAGAGUAGUAGACUAGAC